AUGUUACUGGAUGCUGGUCACCAGUUCCCCGGCUUGGGAGUUGGCACGUUUGCCAGACAUCACUCAGCAAGCGAGAUGCAGGACAGAGACUUGAGUUUAGCACAAAAUAGCUUCGUCGACUCGGCACAUAUGGGCGCUUUUAAACUGAAUCACGAUCUCUCUCCUGGACAGAGCUCGGCUUUCACUUCUCAGGCACCAGGUUACCCUGCUGCGGCUUUGGGGGCGCAUGCAGCUCAUGUCACAUCGUACGCGAGUUCUCCUUUCAACUCAACAAGGGACUUUCUCUUUCGAAGCCGCGGUUUCGGGGAGUCAUCUCCAGCGAGCAGCCAGCAUGCGAUAUUCGGCCCCACAGCAGGGUCUCUUCAUCACACCCAUACAGACGGUCAAGGCCACAUUUUGUUCCCUGGGAUCCACGAUCAGCAUGGGUCCCACAGCUCUCCCAACGUACUCAACGGGCAGAUGCGACUUGGACUACCGGGGGAGGUUUUCGGGAGAUCCGAUCAAUACCACCAGGUAUCCAGCCCCAGGACCGACCCUUACUCCGCCGCACAACUACACAACCAGUAUGGCUCUAUGAAUAUGAACAUGGGGAUGAACAUGGCAGCGCAUCAUCACCACCCCGGUGCCUUCUUUCGCUACAUGAGGCAACAGUGUAUCAAGCAAGAACUCAUCUGCAAAUGGAUCGACCCAGAACAGCUCAGCAAUCCCAAAAAGAGUUGUAAUAAAACUUUCAGCACCAUGCACGAGUUGGUCACCCAUGUGUCCGUGGAACACGUCGGAGGACCCGAACAGAGCAACCACGUCUGUUUCUGGGAAGAGUGUGCUCGGGAAAGCAAGCCGUUUAAAGCUAAAUAUAAAUUGGUCAAUCACAUUCGAGUGCACACGGGGGAAAAGCCUUUCCCUUGCCCGUUCCCUGGAUGUGGUAAAGUCUUCGCACGAUCAGAAAAUUUGAAGAUACACAAGAGAACACAUACAGGAGAGAAACCAUUCCAGUGUGAGUUUGAAGGCUGCGAUCGACGUUUUGCUAACAGCAGUGACCGAAAGAAGCACAUGCACGUUCACACUUCAGACAAGCCUUAUCUUUGCAAAAUGUGCGACAAAUCAUACACCCAUCCCAGCUCUCUUCGGAAGCACAUGAAGGUUCAUGAAUCUUCCCCUCCAGCGUCUGACUCGUCGCCCGCAGCCAGCUCCGGUUACGAGUCCUCGACACCCCCCGGCCUGGUUUCCCCCUCCACUGAGACCCAAAGCAACAACAAUCUGUCGCCCGCGUCAGCGGUUCACAAUAACAACGGCCACAGCAGUCUAUCGUCUAAUUUCAGUGAAUGGUAUGUGUAG